GCUGCAUGCCUCUCCAAACCGUAUCAUUCUCCAGCUGGCUCCUGUAGUCCACAACCCCCGACGCGAACGAAUUUCAACGAGUCGACAUGGCAAACCGCAAGGUGCUCUCCUUCAAGAGAGCUAUUAUCUUAGCAGCAUUCUUCCUGGUGGCAUUCGUCCUGUUACGAAGAUCACACGCCUCAGCUGACGAGCCCGAACCCUUCAGGAAACCUCCACCGAAGCCUGUAGACUCGAGCAGCGAACAUGGGGCAUCGCACGACCAGUCUACUCCUUCCUAUACCCCGGAUGGGCAAUCCGACAAGCCAGUUCCUGCGCAGAAAGCUCUACAAGAUAUGUCUAAGAUGUCCUUAUACGACAAACUAGCAUACCAAUACCCAUACGAUGUCGAGACCAAGUUCCCAGCCUAUAUUUGGCAGACGUGGAAAUGGACGCCUGCUAGUGGAGAAUUUAACUUUAGAGAUCAAGAAGCUUCGUGGUCGAUGCAGCACCCAGGAUUUGUCCACGAAGUCAUCACCGAUCAAGUCGCCGUACAUUUAUUAAGGCUGCUCUAUGCUCCUAUUCCCGAAGUGCUCGAAGCGUACAAUGCGCUCCCCCAACCUGUUCUAAAAGCCGACUUCUUCCGUUACCUCAUCCUUCUUGCCCGUGGUGGAAUUUACUCCGACAUCGACACGUUCGCUAUCAGGAGUGCUUUAGAAUGGAUCCCAGAGUCCGUGCCGAAAGAAAGCAUAGGACUGGUCAUCGGCAUCGAGGCGGAUCCCGACCGACCCGACUGGAAAGACUGGUAUAGCCGGCGCAUUCAAUUCUGCCAGUGGACUAUCCAAGCGAAGCCGGGUCACCCGGUCUUACGCGAUAUCGUUUCGCGCAUCACCCAGGAGACAUUGAAGCGGAAGCGCGAAGGCACGUUUGUGUCAAGGGAAAAAAGCGUGGUAGAGUUUACCGGUCCUGCUGUCUGGACGGACGUAAUUUUCGACUACUUCAACGACCCGCGUUACUUCGAUAUGAGCAAUAGUCAGGGCAAUGUUUCGUACGUAAACUUCACAGGGAUCGAAAAACCGAAGAAGGUGGGCGAUGUUGUGGUACUUCCCAUUACAAGCUUCUCGCCCGGCGUUCAACAGAUGGGAGCAAAGGACUAUGACGAUCCGAUGGCAUUCGUCAAACAUGACUUCGAAGGUACCUGGAAGCCUGAGAGCGAACGGCAUAUUGGCGAGACUAACUAGGGGCUAUUGAUUGCGCCUUCUAUACCCUAGGCCACCUCCAGGUUAUCUUUUCGUCGUCUCCUAGGAAAUCUGGCUCUCUAAAUAGGUCUCCUCCAGCAAGCAUAGGAACACAUCAGCUUCCCGGUCUGAUAUCACGAACCCGG